AUGGCGCCGCCGCCCGAGCUUAAUCAAUCGGACCCGCCCCUUACUAUUAGCAUCACGAUCGGCGCGCACACAAAAAAGGCAGGCGGGCAGGCAGGCAAGCAAGCGAAGUACGGUACGCAAGAGGGAGCGAGCGAGGAGCACGAAACCACAACGCAGCCUAGGCCAGGGCAACUGGCGGGGAUCGGCGAGUUCGAGCGGCCGGAGCCCAGACCCAGCCACCCGAGGAGGGCGGAGAUAUCUAUGGAAGAACGAAAAACCUACCAGUUCUUCGUCAACCUGGAGCUCCCAGCUCCGUUCAGGCCGUUCGUCUGCCUCGAGCUCCCCAUCUCCCUUCGUAUCCUUCCAAGCUCCCUUCGUCAAGCUCCCCCAAAUCCCUUCGUCAACCUCCCAGCUCUCCAUGUCUACGAACCAAGAACCAGGCAUCUCCAGAACAGGAAGAUUUCCAGUGGGAUCUUCAGAUCAGAGAAGCUAUGGGACAUACCUGCUAGUGUCCCUGGUACUCAUGGAGUGGAUUUCCUUGAUCUAAAUGAGGUUCCUUUUGAUAUCAAUGAGGAACCUGGUAUCUUACCUCCCAAUUAUUUUACACAACUGUUGGAUGAGGCAAUUGACGAGUCACCACAGCCACCUGUGAACACUCAUGCCCCGGUUGUUAAUGUAGAACCUGCUGCAACAAAUACAUACACAGGUCCUCUUGUUGCUACUACAGACACUACUACAAUAGCACAAGAUGGAAAUGAGGAUGAGGCUUCGUCCCAGCCAAAUGACCCUCAUGUUGGCAUGCGCUAUGAUACGUUGGAGGGUGCUAAGGAGCACUACAAUGCACAUGCUGCAAGGAAAGGUUUCUCUGUGAAAGUAAAUAGUAGCAGGAGAUCUACAAUCACCGGAGAGAAACAGAAACAGCAGUUCACUUGCAACAAAUUCAGGAGACCAAGGAAAGAUGAUGGUGAGGCUGAGUUGCAAGUUGAUGUUGGGCCAAUUCCUGAUUCUUUGUCUGAAGAUGAGGCUGAUAUUGAAAAUGCAGAGCUUGCUUCCGUUGUGGCUGAUCUUGCUGCUCAAGGGCGAAAAGAAAAGGCGCCCAAGAAGCGUAAAAGAGAAAAUAUUGUGCACACGUUUUGCAAGGCCCAGAUGGUUGUGAAGUUAAUUGAUGGAAGAUGGGAGGUUAUCCACUUUGUGCCUGAGCAUAACCAUCCGCUUAUCCACAAACCAUCUCUCACAAAAUAUCUCAGGUCACACCAAGGCAUGCCAAAGGAGGAAAAGGAAUUUGUGAAGAAUCUUCACAAUACAAAUUUGACAGCUGAUAAAAUUCAGCUGACAGUUGAUUUGGAUAUGUUGUGCAAGUUGUCAUUGGAGAAAAUGCGUGUAGAAAAUAGUUUGGAAAGUAAAAUGAUGGAAAUCAUGUCAGAAUUUUAUGGUUCAGAGUUGCUUGUGCCAUACACAACCAAAACAAUCACCAACUACUGUGCAACUCUGACUAGAGAAGAAACAAAAGAUGGGGAUCUGGCUAAAGUUGUGAGCUACUUUGUAGAGCUUAAAGAAGAAAAGGAUCCAGACUUUUAUUUCCGGUUAAAAUUGGACGACGAAGACAAGGUAGAAAACAUUUUCUGGGUUGAUGGAGCUGCCCGGAAGGCAUAUGCAGAGGCUUACCAUGACUGUGUCUCCUUUGAUGCAACUUACUUGACAAAUAAGUACAGUAUGCCUUUUGCACCAUUCAUUGGGAUAAAUAAACAUGGGCAGUCCAUCAUGCUGGGUUGUGGAUUUGUUAAGCAAGAAUUGGCAACAAGCUAUGAUUGGUUGUUUGAGAGUUUCCUUAUUGCCAUGAAUGGUCUUGCCCCGGACAAUAUUAUCAUAGACCAAGAUGGUGCUAUGGCGGUGUCGAUUGGCAGAUUGUUCCCAUCUUCUGUUCACCGCGGGAACCCCGGUUUAGCUGAAGAUUUCAAUGAUUGCAUCGAUUUCAGCUUUUCACCAGAGGAGUUUGAGGCAAAAUGGGCUCUAGACAUAUAUUUGAGGUUCCGGAACGAGUUUGAGCUGAUUGGGAGGUACAAUGUGUUACCAUUUGGUUGCAACUUUUACAAGCUUGAGCCAAACAGGGGAGGGUGCGCAAAAUAUGGUACUAGGACCUACCUGGUAACCGCUAAUAAGGAAGAAGGGACGUAUUACUGUGAGUGCUCCAAGAUGGACAGGGAUGGUAUACUUUGUUGCCACAUCUUAAAGAUCUUCACCCACCUUGGUGUUGAUGAGAUACCAGAUAGGUAUAUCCUAAAAAGGUGGACUCAAGGUGCUUUGAGUGGUUAUGUGCCAGCAGCGAGUUGCUUGAACAGACCGGAUGUUAUGCCUCCGGAAUCACAAGUGCAAUUGCGGCACGCGAACCUUAAUAUGGGAUUCACAAAACUUGCCCGUAUUGCUAGUAGAACAGACGCAGCUACUGCCAUUGUUAACAAACAUUUGAGAGCUGCAGCAACAGAGAUAUCUCACUUGAACAAGUCGCUCAAGAAGAAGAAGCCUGUCUCAGCAGUCCCGUCCACUAGUGCACCUGAUCAGCCUACGAAACCUAGGGACCCGGCAAAAACAACGACUAAAGGGAGGACUAAGGAGCACCGUACAGUUUCAGCUCUUGAGUUGCAUCCAAAGAAAAAAGUUCAGUGUCACACUUGUGGUUCGUUCGAGCACAAUUCUGCAACUUGCAAGCUUAGGUUUCUGUAGUACUGCAGAAACACAAGUCCUUUGUAGUUCUCCGCGAGCUUUAUUUUUUUUUCUCUUU